AUGAGACAAAAACUGAACCUCAUCACACUUGGUGUGGAAAAUCUGCAAAAAUCAAUCAAGUUUUAUUGUGAUGGUUUAGGAUGGAAACCAUCAGAGAAGAGCAAUGAUAAUUUAAUUCUAUUUCCUUUAGGUGUUGGAAUGACUUUGGCUCUAUAUGACAGGAAACGCUUGGCUGAGGAUACAACACUUCAAGAUUGUGGACAUGUUGGACAUUUUCAUGGGUUGACACUUGCUUUUAAUGCUAAAUCUGAAGAAGAGGUUGAUCAAGUAUUGAAACAAGUUGAAAAUAGUGGUGGCAAGAUUGUGAAAACUGCUCAGAAGGUGUUUUGGGGAGGUUACUCUGGUUAUUUUACUGAUUUAGAUGGUCAUGUGUUUGAAGUUGCCUUCAAUCCUUUCUGGAAUAUGGAUGAGAAUGAUAAUCUCGUUCUUUAA